AAAAUAAUAAUUAAUUAAAAAUAAACAAAAUUUAAAAAUCACUCAUUAAAAAUGAACAAAAAACUAAUAAUAAUUGCUCUUGUUUUAGCAUUCACUAUUGCUAAAUUCGAUAUGAGAUAGAAGAUGAUAGAAAAUGCAUCUUCUUUUAUACACGAUAAAGUUAAAGAUUUCUUAUCUUAAGAAAAUAUUUCUCAAUAAGAUUUGGAAGAGUUCGCUAAAAAUAACAACUUAGACAUUGAAAAAUUAACUAAAGUCUAUCAAUGGAAAUAAAAGAAAAUUGAUAUUGAAAAUGCUCCUGAAUUAACUGAAGAAUAAAAGGAUAUUCUUAAAUAAAAAUUCAUGUAAUUAAAAUCACAAAAUUUGAGCUUUGAAGAGAUUAAAUCUGAAAUCAAAUAAUUUGCUGAAUAGAAUGGCAUUAACAUUAAUUCUAUUAAAAAACAUAUUAUGAGACGCCAUCAAAAUAAGCACAGAGAAUAAUCCAGUGAAGAAGGAGAAAAUGAGAUCUAGCUAACUCCUGAAUAAAUUAAUCUCAUUAAAAACAAAUUUAAGGAAUUAAAGCAAUCAGGAAUUUCUAUGGAAGAAAUCAAGAACUAAAUGAGAUCCUUUGCUGAAGCUAAUAAUAUUAAUCCAGAACUUUUGAAGAAGCUUUGCAGAAAACACAGAGAAGAAUAAAGACGUAAGGAAAAAGGAUUCCUUUAAAAUAAGAAAAGAGAUGAAUCAAAAUCUAGCAGUGAAUCAGAAUCUAGCAGUGAAUCUCAAAGUGAAGAAUAAUAGAAUGGAUAAAAGUAAUUAAAGCUUGGAAAACAUGACAAUGAAAGAAACUAAGAUAAGAGAAGAGAUGAAAGAUAAAACAACUUUGAAGAAAGAAGAGGAUAACACUCUGAAGAAAGAAGAGGAUAACACUCUGAAGAAAGAAGAGGUAAUAGACAUCCCAGAGAUGAAAAAUCUGGAGAAGACAGAUAAAAAAGAAAUCAUGAAGAAAGAAGAGAUAGACGUCAUAAUUAAGACAGAGAGGAUAAGAAUGAUAGAAGAGAAGAACACAAAGGAAAACAUCAAAGAGGAGAAAAGUUCGAAAGAGUUGAAGAAAGAAGAGUAUAAUAUUCAGAAUUUGAAGUUUCUGAAGAAUUUGAUAUCUGA